CCUCCAUCCCGCCCUGCCACCACCAUGUCCUGCCUCUCCUCAGGCCCAGAGCUAUGGAAUUGGCCGACCAUGGACUGAUCCUCUGAAACUGUAAGCCCAAAUAAGCUUUUCCUCCUCUUACUUGUUCUUGUUGGGUCUUUUGGUCACAGCCACAAAAUCAUUGACUAAAAAGAGACUGAGCUCCCCAUUUUGACUGAGCUGGAACGAAACUGAGACAAAGAGCAGCAAGAAAAAAAUGGGGGCAGGAAUCACGGAGAAGACCUUGAGCUAGCGGUCCCAGGACUCCAAGCUCAGGCUCCAGAAAAAGAAAAUCUCUGAGGAAACAAACUGGGUGAAAGUCCAGGGGCUGGGACUUCCUCCUUGGUGUGUUUGACAAGGACUGACGUAUUCUAAGUCCUUUGAAUCCCGGAAGUCCAGGACACACCCGGCUUCGAUUGCACUGUCCAGAAUGCUGGAGUGUAGGUAAAAGGACAAAAGGAAAAGCAUUUCAACAUGAGGGACCCACUGACAGAUUGUUCGUAUAAUAAGGUAUACAAGAGCCUAAAGGAGUUUUCUCAAAAUGGAGAGAAUUUCUGCAAGCAGGUCACAUCUGUUCUUCAGCAAAGGUACCCUGAAAGCAUGCGUGUGUGGCUUCCCUAGACCAUGGCACAGAAGAGCUGCAUAGCAGUGAUUGCCCUCUGACAAACCUUCUGACUACAAAAAUGACAGCUCUCUCCUCACUUGCCACUUCUUAUAAAAGUGAUUUUCUCUGGAUUCGAAUUGAACCAUUAGUAUCUGUUAAGAGCUAACCUAGAGAUGAGCUACGCCAAAGGGCUUCAAAAGCUGGCAAUCAAGCUGAGUAAAGCAUUACAGAACACAAAGAAAAACUGUCUCAGCAAUGCCUGGGCCUGGGCCUCGGAGGGCAUGAGAUCCACAGCGGACCUGCAUCAAAAACUUGGCAAAGCAAUUGAGUUGGAAGCAAUAAAACCAACUCAUCAAGUCCUGAGUAUGCAAGAGAAAAAGAGGAAAUCGCUUGAUAAUGAAGUUGAAAAGACAGCAAAUCUUGUUAUCAGCAACUGGAAUCAGCAAAUUAAGGCUAAGAAAAAAUUAAUGGUGAGUACUAAGAAGCAUGAAGCACUUUUCCAUCUUGUAGAAAGCUCCAAGCAAUCCAUGACUCAGAAGGAGAAGCAGAAGCUUCUCAAUAAACUGAAAAAAUCAACUGAAAAGCUGGAAAAGGAAGAUGAAAAUUACUACCAAAAAAACAUGGCAGGCUAUUCUACUAGACUGAAGUGGGAAAAUACACUAGAAAACUGCUACAAGAGCAUCCUGGACCUGGAGAAGGAAAGAACUCAACUUCUAUGCAAUAACUUAAACCAGUACAGCCAGCAUAUUUCUCUUUUUGGCCAAACCCUGACCACAUGCCACACACAGAUUCACUGUGCCAUCAACAAGAUUGAUGUCGAAAAAGAAAUCCAAGCGCUAAUAGAAGAAACUGCAAAUUUAUCUACAGAAAACAAAUCUGAAUUCCUACUGACCGAUUACUUUGAAGAAGACCCUAACAAUGCAAUGGAUAAAGAGAGACGAAAGUCUUUAAUAAAACCGAAAUUGUUGAGACUGCAGAAAGACAUUGAAAAAGCCUCCAGAGACAGGGAAGGCCUGGAGCGAAUGCUUACUGUGUACUCCAGCAGCUCCUCCUUCUCGGAUGCAAAGAGCCAGAAAGACACAGCUGCGUUAAUGGAUGAGAACAAUUUGAAACUAGACCUUCUGCAAGCCAACUCCUAUAAACUGUCAUCAGUAUUAGCAGAACUUGAGCAAAGACCUAAACCCAGCCAUCCCUGUAGUACCUCCAUUUUCAAGUGGAAAGAAAAGGAGCAUACUCAUACUUAUGUGAAAAUAUCUCGGCCUUUUUUGGCAAAGAGAUUAGAGAAUGUGGUGAGCAGGACUUCUGGUGAACAGCGUAAUUCAGGCCUCUCAUCUUCAGCCUCUGGCGUGGCCCGGCUCAGCAACAGUCUUUGCAAGGCCUUGUAUUCUUUUCAAGCCAGGCAAGAUGAUGAAUUGAAUUUGGAAAAAGGAGACAUUGUGACUUUACAUGAGAAGAAAGAAGAAGGAUGGUGGUUUGGAUCUUUAAAUGGAAAAAAAGGCCAUUUUCCUGCGGCUUAUGUGGAAGAGCUACCUUCAAAGCCUGGGAACACAGCUACACAGGCAUAAAACAAACACCUUAGCACAUUGACUUACUUUGUAAACUGUGCAGUGUGGUGCACAUAAAAAUAAAGUGCUGUAAUCUUUGUGAA